AUUUACCAGGUUUGUAGGCAGAGCCAUCUAAAGGAAUGAUGUGGCUUGGGUUAGUAAAGGAAAUAUGAACAUAAACACUGACAAAUGCAAAAAAUAAUCAACAGAAAUUUGGAAUGAAAAUUAAUAUAUAUUAAAUAUUAAUAUGUUGAGAUACAAUAAUAAUUUUAAAAUAUUUUAGAAGAGCAUCUGGCCCUCACAGCAUUUGCAGGAAUAAAACUGGCCCUUCAACAGAUCUAGUUACUGAUGUAAAAUAAUGUUAGCAUUCGUUGUGUCUGAUCCUAGCACAACCCAUAAACGUGUUUGUUUUUGAUAGAUGCAUGUUUUAAUUUUAUUUUAGCAGUGAUGAGACUCAUUAGGAAAGGGAAGUUAGUAAUUUAAUUAACAAAUUAAACAUUUCUAGCAGCUAUCUGAUUUGAAUGCUUGUGAACGGUGAAAAAUGACAUUACUUCCUUUUAUUGUCCUUUUAUGUAGCUUUUUUUUCUCAGUACCUCCUGAGGUUAUGUUUGGUAUUAUUUAUCUGACUGCAAAAUAAACCAAAAUUUUGACAUAUUUAAAAUUGUCAGGAAAUGUCAGAAAUGGGCCAAUAAAAAGGUAAGUAAACAUUUUGGGAUGAUCAGGAAAUCUCAAUAGUACUUAGGUAAUUGGUGUAUGUGUGCACUCUGAGUGCUUUGCUAGUCUUAGUAAUCUAUUCUCGUGUCCUGUUUUGUUAAUUUAUUUGUACUUUACAUACUCAAAUUUAAGGCCUUAUUGACAUAAUUCUAACGAGCUUGCCAAGCCAAUUACUACAAUGCAACAAUGUUUAUCUCCUGUUUUAAUAUUUUUGUUGUUGAUCUGUUUCAGGGUGAAUUUCAAGAGGAUGAAGAUGGUCACAUAAAUAUUGACAUUUCUAAACAUGCAACUUCAUUUCUUAUUCAAGCCAAGGAAACCCAACGACUGACACAGGUAAUUCAUGCCAUUAUAUAUUUCAGUGAUUUGUUGUUUUUUAAUAGUGAAUUAAAAGUAUUUAACUGAUAAAUAACUUUAGCACUUUCCAGACAGCGUGAAUAGCAUAAUACGCACAACAAACUUUCAAUUGGCAUUUUCCACUUGUGAUUUGAUUACUCAAAACAAUAUAAUGACGUCGAAACAAGGUGUUAAAGCUGCAUAAGACAAUAUGAUUAUUAUCCAAUUAGACUUUUUUGAAGAAAUUGUUUAUUUUGACCACUGCUUCUCAUUUGAAUAAUUAAUUGAAGGGUUUCUAUAGAAAAGUGCAUCUCAGUGACUAUGCUGACUGUGUUUUUAUAUAAAUUCUAUAAUAUAGUAUUUUCCUUUUUGCUUUUUCCUCCUACACAGAGAGCUGUUAACCACAUCAUCAGUGGAGUCCAACAAUAUCAGGCCGUUUUAUUGGAGCACCUAAAACAACAAAUGUGUGACAUGAUUGAUAGACAUUCUGGGAAUCUGGAUCAACUAAAAAGUGAUGCAAUGGGGGUAUUUGACCAGUUUGUUUACCCUUUCACUCAAAUAGCUUCCACCCAUUUGCAGGACAAGGCUAUCAAAGAACUGUUUAAACCAGUUGAACCAGAGGUUAUUGUUGCAAAACAAACAGUAUGUUAUGUGAAACGUGGAGAGUCCAGAGCUCUUACCAUUAAAGACCAUUGUUUUUAUUAUAUACCAUUGGUGAAAAGUUUGGAACAGCUUCUAUCACAUCCACGAAUUCUUGCAAUGAUUGACGAGAGCCCAAAGCCAUGCAAGGAUGGCUUUUUUCAUGAUUUCAUUGAUGGAGACAUUUUUAAGUCGCACCCACUGUUUAUGAAAAUCCCCACAGCAUUGCAGUUGAUUUUAUAUACAGAUGAAAUUGAGCUGUGCAAUCCUUUAGGAUCCCGGGCAAACAAAAACAAGUUGUUAUUGAUUUAUUACACCUUAGGUAACAUCAACCCUAAGUACAGAUCAAGGCUCCCUGCUAUUCGCCUGCUUGCCAUGGUAAAAUCAAAAGAUCUUUCCCACUGUGGUAUUGAUAAAAUUUUUGAGAGGAUUAACCAUGAAUUUAUUGAGCUGUAUGAUGGUGUCCAAGUUGUCACCGCAAGUGGUGAGAGGACAAUUCAUGGGGCACUCACGUCUGUGUGUGGAGACACACUAGCUCAACAUGAAGUGGCUGGGUUUAAGGAAGGAGUGGGGUUUGCCUACAGUGACUACGUUUACAUGCAGCCAAUAUCCGGGUUAUGAUCGGGUUAAGGUCGGUUUUCGGGUUUCUGAGUUGAUCGGGAUAACCCGUUUACAAGCAAGAGGCAACCCUAAUUUGCAUAACCCGUUUUCAAUGCGGACUUUGGGGUAGCGUCAGGACGUAUGGACGACGUCAAGACGCAAUAUGCGUCAUUUCCAGGUCAUCUUGUUCCGGUAUCCGUGAAAACAACAACAUGUUUCCCAGUUCGGAAGAGAUAGCGAGCGCGUUUGUUUGCGCUUUAUUGCUGGUAUUGACCCACCGGCAGCUCUUACGACUGUGCGUACUGGCCUUCAUUGGAAGGAGAGUACGUGAGGAAGAAACUGCAAAUAUAGAGAGAGCUGCGCUAAACAUAUCCAACAUAUCGACGGUACCCGUUACCACCAGAGCCCCGCGGACACUUUGGAUGAAGGUGCGCAGCCAGGACUGGUGGGAACUGGUUGUAAUGAUGGAGUUCACGGACACGGAAUGGCGUGAGAAUUUCCGUAUGUCACGUCAAUCUUUUGCUAAACUUUGUGGUAUGAUGGAAAGAGUGAUGGAGCCCAGUGUAGUAACCAUCCGCACACCAGUGCCUACAGAAAUGCGCGUUGCCAUGGUGCUGUAUAAACUAGCAAGCUGUGCAGUGUCGUUUGAUAGCAAACCAAUUUGGAGUGCACAAGAGCACCGUGAAGAAGAUGGUGUACCUAUUCUGCCACGGAAUGGUCGACUCAAGUCAUCAAAACACUGACCCGGGUACCCACUUUGGAGGAGGCAUGUGGCAUUGCACAAAGAUUUGAACGUGCCAACUCCAUUCCUCAAAUCAUAGGUAAAAUAUUUCCUGCUCUUAUGUCUUGUUAAUGUCAGUAGUUUUCUGAGAGUAGGCUAAAUGUGAACUAUACUAUGUAUGUAGGCUACACUGCUGUGUGCAUACUUUUUCGUUUUUUUUUUUUUACUUUUUAUCAUAGGUUGUGUGGAUGGGAGCCACAUCCCUUGCUUGCCUCCAAGUGAUGGCUACAGAGACUUCAUAAACAGGAAGGGAUGGCCAUCCUAUGUCCUCCAGGGAGUCUGUGAUGACAAAUACUGUUUUUGGAGUGUGAGCUGCAAAAUGCCUGGUUCAACACAUGACGCCAAUGCACUCCGCCAGUCCAAUCUGUUCAACAAUGCACAAUCCUUCCCAAAGGUGGGUAAUGCAUUAAAACUUUUGGUAUUUAAAUGCAAGUUGCACACCUGCCACAUAUCUAAGAUGCAUUAUGACAUAAUUUAGGAAGAAUAAUAUUUCUAUCUGUCCCACUUUAGAGAGCAGUGCAGAUCGAGGGGCAGGAUGUGGAUUUCUUCCUGCUGGGAGUUCCUGCGUACCCGCUGAUGCCCUGGCUAAUGAAGGGCUAUCUGCAGUCCCCAAGACUGACACCACAAGAGGAAAGCUUCAACGUCUAUUUGAGUUCUGCUAGAACAACUAUAGAGAUAGCAUUUGGUCGACUGAAAUCUCGUUUCCGUGUUCUGUUGAAGCACAGUGACUUCCAUUUUACUUUCACACCAUACGUGGUAGCAACCUGUUGUGCUCUACACAACUUUUGUGAGAUGGAGAAGGAGCAUGUCAAUCCCAGAUGGGCAUAGGAGGCCACAUCAGUAGAAAGGCUGUUUCCACAGCCUGUCACAGGUCAAUAGGGCUGAUAACAGUGCAGCCUCAGCUAUCAGACGGGCCCUGAUUACCUUGCUGCACGUGUCCCACUCCGUAAGCGCUUAGUAAGAGCGUGAGUGUGCAGGACGAACGGCUCUGAUAGGAAACAAACAACUUUAAACUGUAAGCUCUAUACUUUUCAAAACGCUUUAUUUUCUAAGUUUUAAAAGAUGUUUAUCUGCCUUCUCCUUUGUUGCUGUGCACCUCUGAAAAAGAACAGGUAUAUGCAAUGUUCAAAUAAAAUGUCAACACAUACAAGUUUUCUAGUAAGUUUAAUAAAACAUUUGUUCUUUAAUAAAGCACAUAACAAAAUAACAUUGUGGUUUUGCUUUUUAAAUGUGAGGUUGAUUCAGAAAUCAUUUGAGACAUG